GACUUUACGGUCGUGUAUGUCUGUUCGGACUGCGGAAGACAUAUGGUCAGUUACUCCCUCGAGCUACAUGGUACCUGCUAUGCGUUACUCAUGAAAUCAAUCGAUACAGACUUACUAACAGCGCGAACAGACAUGCAGAUUUCAUGCUAAGAUCACACUCGUCUAGGUCCUUAAUCGCGUUUACCAUAGGCUGAACUACCCCUAGACCAUUACCGUACUGCAACAAGGCUUCAGCUGAAGAAAUAAUCCAGCAUAAUGGAUAUUUCGAUACCAACGACCCCGUCACAUUCACGACAUACCUCUAAUGCCCAUCGCCUUUUGUAUCGUGGAGCGUUGUCUCUUCCUGACUCGUACCUUCUUUUGGAUGGGCUCAGUUUCACAACCGAUAUAACAGACUCACAUGUUACCAGCACACCGUCGAAAAGACUACUGGAGAAUCCGCUAGCUCUGGCUCUCGAAAGUAUGCGAGGACGGCCAAACCUACAUUUCUUGGGAACCGAGAAACUCUCAGACGUUUGGCUCGAUACGAGUCGUGACGUUCAUGUUUACGUUCACGAUUCCUCAAUAUUGACCAAGAUAUACUUCGAAAAUGUCCUUAGUCUGGCUCCGAUCACGUCGAAAGACGGACGGACAGCGCAAGGUAUUCGUGUAGGCCUCAGUGAUAGUAGCGACCACGAAACAAUUGAUUUCCUGAUCUAUGGUCAACUGCGUCCAGACCACUUACAAGACCAUUUACCAUCCACCUCAUCCAAUGCUCCAAUGUCGCUACACAUACUCGCUGCACGCAUCUUACCUAACCCACCGCCCCCUCUUGUUCGCCCUCCAAGACCAGACGAUCCAACACCUCGUAAACCACCAGCUCAUCUCGCGACAUCCAGUGCUAAACGUAAACGCGAUCUCUCGGGCGUGAAGGUCGAUCUUGGCUCUAACGCAAAACGAGCAAAGAGCAAGACAGAGAUGGAAGAGGAUGAGCAAGUGAGACUUGCCAGAGAAGUAAUGCUCAACAUGCCGAAACCUGGCGCGUCGAAAUUUGGCGCAUCCUUACCUAAAGUCCUGGGUAAGGAUGUCAGGACAGGCAAGGCCGACAACGUCUUCAAGGUUCCGGAGGUACCUCUUUGGUCUCAAUCUCAGCUGGAUGCGGUAGAAACGGAUGUCUUUGGCGACGUCAGUGCCACCAUGGAUCCCAAAGGAAAGGGACGGACAACUGAAAAGCCGGGGUCUGAUGAACUCGAGAAAGCAAAUAAGAUUGUUAUCAAGCAAGCGGCAGUCUCCUGUCUCAUCAGACAUGGUGUUCGGAAAGGUCAAGCAGAAUUUAACGAGAUAUACCAGUCGAUAUAUCGAGGGGUACAGUUCGCCUUGCGGAAUAUCACUCGGACGCAAGCAGUCAAUCCCAGAACUGUUGAUAGAUUGCUGGAAGCUCACGCUAAGAUGUAUGUCAAUGGAAAUGGAGAAAAUCAUCCAAUUACUCCUACCCAAGACAGUAGAAAGUAACUAGAUGUAUUAAUGUUUCAAUCUCUCCGUAUUGUAGUCCAGAACUCGCUGAUUCUCUGCCAUCUGCCGAGGAGACCUUUUUUCUCCACAACCGGAGGCGGCGGUAAUUCCUUAACGAACCGCGACAGAUCCCCACGUGUGGCAACGCCAUUGCUCUGUGCUAUCCACCGUUUAACACAUUCCAUUACAGUCUUCUCCAAGAGUCUUAAUCCCGUCGCCUCUCGUUCCCAUACCCCGCUCGUCCAUAUGGACAAUGGACCCGCCCUUGAGGACUUGGUCACAUUCUCUUCAGCAGUUUUUUCAGUGUCUUUAGCACCGGACUGUGCCUUCAUUUUUCGAGACAUGCGGUUUGCUAGGACAACAUCCGUAAAUAUACGAUCCCCGAUGAUGACGAGCUCGUCAUCCUUGACGGGGGUAGGUAGGGACGAGAAGUAGUUGCGUAUUGAUGAAAUGCAAGCAUAUGAAGGCUUGAGAUUC